UUUUGCAGCUGCUUGUCAACAAAAUGGCCUUCCUCAAUUGCUUUUCGAGGACCUACUAACUAUUUCUGUUUUGGUGAAAUAGUAUUGAAACCCUGGUUGAAUAACAGAACCGAUCAUUUUUUUUAAAACACAGUAUUUACCAACAUAUUACUGUGUUCACAAUAGACAUAUAUCGUUGACAAAGCCAGAUCAAUAUUGGGAUUUUUGCUUCAUUCUCGAGUUAGCGUACAAAUGCUAACAGUCUACCUGCAAACCCUUAUCGACCUCAGCUUUCAUCUCUGAUUAUUUUUAAAACCACACAGGGAAAUUUAAAGGACUGCUGGCUUAAAUUUAACAACAUAGCCACUUUUUUGGUUACAAAAACAAAGCUGUCGGAACGAAACCAGCGGAGAUUUGGUCUCAGAAGAAGUUCUCAGAUGGAGUAAUCUGUCCGGCUGGAGCCUGCAGACCUGAAAAGUGAGAAUGAGUGGUGAAUUGCAGAGUAGCUGCCCAGCAUAGAGGCAGGUGUGCUCCAAAUGGGCUCACAAUGAACCGUGACACCUUUUCCCACAUCCGGCUGUGGUGCCCACGCCCCUUCGGCACCUACUCCCAGAAUAAGCCAUACAGCAAUGGUACAAUCUGCAACGGAACAGCUACUACCCACUGCAAGGCUGAUGAUUCGGGGCUUACAACCAUAGAGACCCAUGGAGUCACUGAGGAGCAGGAUGAGGAUGUUGGCACUGAAAACACUCCACCAGAUGCUACAUCUACCCUUCUGGCUCCACCACUACCUGCUUCACCCUCUCCGAAUUCACAGAUGGAGGAUGGCAGGGUACUGCUUGAUACCUGGUAUGUCAUCAAACCAGGCAACACCAAGGAGAAAAUUGCCUUCUUUGUAGCUCACCAGUGUAAUGGUGCUGGAAUUCCUAGGCCUAGUGCCAUGAAAGUCAAGGGAAACUGGGCUACUGAUUGUACCAAGGCGAAGCGCCGUCGUCGCUGUUCCUCUUAUGACCCUCCCACUAGAGCUCAAAAUGUUGUCGUUGAUGUACCCACAGAAUCCAACUCGACGGAGGAUGGUGUUGGAGUUAGUGAGACGGAUUUGCUUUCUGUGGCUGAAAUGGUGGCUCUUGUAGAACAGCGCACAGCCUUGGCCCUUCAAGGUAUGGUAGCGCAAGGACAAACUAGUCCUUAUACAGUCCAUCAGAAACCUGUUGUAAUCCUUUCAGACCCCCCUUCAUCUGCACCAGCUCCUCAAAAUGACUUUGAUCUGCUGCAGCAACAGCAGGAAUCUCGACGGGUCGCUCAGGCUGUUGCACAGUUUGAAUCUCGGCAGCAGAAUCUCGACAGUACAACUUUGCGGCCUGAGCUGAAUGCACAAGACCACAUUCACACUGGUGAUUCUGUGGGUGGUGCUCCAAGUCAUGGACGAGGGGAAGUACGGAUCGCUUUCCGGGUGUCAAGUCUGGACCCUCGCACUCAGUCGGAACCUGUCGGCCGGCCCAAAUGCAUGUUUAUGAGUUGUGGAGUUGGAGGGGGGCAAGCAGGAACCAGGAGCAAAGAAAAGAUCACUUGUGACCUCUACCAGUUGGUCAGUCCCUCAUCUCGAGAUCCAGGCGCCCUCCUGGCUGGCUCGCCAAAGGCUGAUCCUCUCGGAGAAGGCAUCGCUGACAGGCCUUCCUCCACAACGCCAGAUCCUAACCAAGACCCUGCCUCAGGAGAGAAGGCAGCAGUUGCUCGAGAGCGGGUGACCGGCUUUCACGUUGAGGUUGUGGUCACGGGUGCAGUAGACCAGUGUGUCUUCUAUGGGAAAGACAGCACAGAGAAUGUUCAAGAAGAGACUGUAUGUUUUGCUAUGCCCAAUGGGGCUAAUUCAACUGAUGCCUCAGAGGACCCACCUCCUGGCCAGCUGUUCUUUCUGCAGUCACCAGCUACUGAAGAUGAGAGUUGCUCAACGGUAAACAAUGGGAUGCGGUCUUUAGAUUGUGCAAACAACAAUGGGCCAGUCGGGGCUACCGUAGAGAGGCCAGAUUCCCCGCUGGCAACUGUGGAUGAUUGUUCUGAUCCUCCAUUGUGCCGCCUCUACCGUCAUGUCUCCCAUGACUUCCUUGAGAUUCGCUUUCAGAUCCAGCGGCUUCUGGAACCACGGCAAUACAUGCUCUCGCUUCCAGACCACAUCAUGGUCAAUAUCUUCAGCUACCUGCCCACCCGUUCGCUAGCGGCCCUCAAAUGCACCUGCCAUGAUUUCAAGACCCUGAUCGAGACCUACGGCGUGCGUGCUACAGACUCUCGCUGGAACCAGGACCCGCUGUACCGUGACGACCCCUGCAAGCAGUGCAAGCGGCAGUAUGAGCGGGGAGAUGUGUCGCUCUGCCGCUGGCACCCUAAACCUUACCACCACGACUUGCCUUAUGGACGCUCCUACUGGAUGUGUUGUCGGCGCACCGAUAAGGACACACCUGGUUGUCGAGUUGGGCUACACGAUAACAACUGGGUACAGCCAUGCGAGCUGGUUCAGGCCCGCACCAAAAGAGACGAUGGGAGGUAAAGGAGAUUGUCAGGGGAUUGUCAUUUCUCUCCUGUUUUCGCUCUACUGAAACCUCAUGCCACUGUACUAUUUAUGGUUGAGCUCGCCUCUUCUAUCAUAGCUUAUUAACCUUGCUAUCAUUGUCAGUAUCAUUUCUUAUCAGUGCACCAUAGUUAAUUCUCGGUCCCUUCAAGCGCAGACCGUUGUUCUGAAAUUUGAAAGCCAAUGCUGGUUAAAUAAGGUAGGCUGCUGCAUGGGACUAGUCUGAAUUGGUUAGAAAUUCUUAUGGCAAUCUUGGAAGACCAGCUCUGAUUAUGACCCCAACCUUGCAAAAAAAAAAAAAAAAAAAAAAAACCCUGCAGGCUAGAUACAGGACUUGUGAGUAUAACUUCAGGGGUUGUUGUCAAGUUUAAUUUACUGUCCUUUUGGUCAAAAGCGUGCAAAAAUGAUGUCACUUUACAAAUCCCUGAUGUCACUUUGUAAUCAACAGUUUGACUGCUUGUUGGAUUUUUCUGUUUUUUGUGUGAAUGUGAGUGAAUAAUAUUUCUUUUUGUUGUUGUUGGGAUUUCAUUUUUCUUCUCUUUCAAAUUGAUUUCUGAAAUCAGUCUUUAUUUCUUGACCAAACCUUUCCUUUUACCUAUCUCUUUGCCUGCCAGGCUGUCUGUGUGCUUGUUGGCAAAGGCAGCUUUUGCCAAAGCAGUAAUUAGCUUCAUGUGGCUGAAAGAAAAACAGCAAAGAACAGGACAACUCAAAACCUGAUUCUAGCCUUAACCCUGUUUGUUCUGCUCAUUCCACCAGUCUGUGAAAUCUUACAAACAGAAACAUUAAUGCUGAACCCUCUGGUUUGGGAGACCGUUAUAGGUUUCACCGUCAAUCUGCUUUUGGGAAUCUUGCCUCUAAAGUGAAUAAAGUUAUUUAAAACUGGA